GCAUCGCCGCGGCGCGCGCUCACGGGCUGCCUCCGCACAGAUUGAUACAGGCAAAAAGUGCCUCUGCAGCGCCCAUUACGCGACAGCAACGCUGUAGCUGCGCGCGGACGCGAGAGACGCAGCACCAGGACACCAAUGGGCAGCUCGAAGGAGUACCACGACCGCCGCGGCGUGAGCGUGCCGCUCUGGCUUGUGCUCUGCAUUUUAGGGGGCGGCGCUUUGGUGCUGUUCAUGCCCACGGGCCCCGCGACGCAUAGCGUGGUACAACCGAAGGAGCCGUCGAACCUGGAAGCGCUGCGGGCGGAAUUAGAUAGGGAGAUCGCAUCGUUAGGUAAAACGGAGUCCGUCAUGGACACGAGCAAGGCCGCCGCCGCUUCCACUCUACUCGCUGCUUUACCGAAGAAGAAGUACAAGAAGACGAAAGCAGAAAAAUUGGAGGACGAGCCCUGGAAAUCGCAAUUGGAGCCGCUCUGGGGUCUGAAACAUAAUCCUUCGGCGGAUGUGGUCAUGGCGCUGGGCUUCGGCUACUCGCAGCGCGAGUUCGCGAGAUUUGUUUCGACGCUGCGGAGAACCGAAUACAAAGGUGAUAUUGUCUUAGCGGCGGGCCCUCCCGAGAAGUUCAAGAGAGGUGUGGUCGAGUACCUGCGGGGCGAAGGCGUAUUAGCCUACCAGUUCUCCUACGAGUGCGUCAAGGCGAAGAAAGGUCGGAGGCUCCUCAUGACGCCGGCGGGCUGUAUCUUGACGAACUGGUACAAGGAUGGCGAUAAACGAUCACCGAGACCUUUAGCUAUCUCCAGAUACGAGAUGUACCGGACCUGGUUGUCGUAUUACGAACCGACGUCGUGGGGCAUCGUGUUUGAUUUCCGAGAUACGUUCUUCCAGCGCGACCCCUUUACACUCGUAGAUAGAUCCGCCAAGGCCCCGAAUUUGCACUUGUUCGCUGAAAAUAGACAAGUCAAAAGAGUGGGCAACUGCAUCUUCAACAGUGGGUGGUUGAGAUGUUGGGGCAAAGAAACGCCUAAAAAAUUCGCGAACAAUAGCGUCGUGUGUUCCGGAAGUACGAUGGGCUCCGUGCCCGCGCUCAAGAGAUAUACGGAGCGCAUGGUCCAAGAAAUGGACAAGAUGAAGUGCCACGCCACUCCGGCGCGCACCGAGUCCGACCAGGGCUACCACAACUACUUGUAUGAUACGGGCGAGCUCGCGAAGCUGCCAGGGGUCCGCGUGACGCACCACGAGCAGGGCCACGGCAUCGUGAACACCAUCGGCGCGAUGAACGGCUUCCGGGUCCCGAAGCACAUGAAGGGCCCGCUCGACACGCACUGGAAGAUCAAGGACAAGGACGGCUGGAUCUUGGACUAUAACGGCGAGCGGAGCGCGGUGGUGCACCAGUGGGACCGGUUCCACUCCGAGUGCGUGCGCCACAUCGACCGGCUCGCGGACGACUACAUGCGGAAGAAGCUGGCGGCGGCCUAAGUUAGUCUGUGUGGUCCU